GAUACGUAGAAACCGCACUUGGUAGUAUACUUAUAGGUAUCAAGCCUGAUACAACUAUUUCGCGGCUUAGCAAGAAUGCGAGUCCCUUUCCCGUUUCGCUCCUGCUUUGGCGGUAAGGCUUCAGAAGACGGUCAUGUGGCGGGCAGCUUACGGCCUGAGCAGCGAGAAACUGUUGCGCUCGCAACGGUGCUGGCUGGACGUGUGGAACGCGACCUGAAUGAGUCAGCCCGGCCCCAAGGCGAAGCUCCGGCAAUAACAAAAGCGGUUUUAGAUACAAAGGCGCCCUUAACAGUACAUACAACGUCAAGCGUCAGCAAAGCUGGUCUUCAGGCAUCUCGCGUAUCCGUCGGGUCCGAAAACGUUCGGCUCUGUGACGCGCGUAACAUUUUGGACGGUUUACGACUUACACAGCAAGAGCUUGGACGUGGGACAUAUGGAAUUGUCGUCCCAGGUCAUUACCGCGGCGUGCCCUGUGCGGUAAAGGUGAUGCUGUCGCAAGGCCUCGACCGCGCCGCGCUGCGGGAACUGCUUCUGGCUCCCAGCCUGGUCCACCCAAACAUCGUUUCGGCCUUUACCAGCCGCUGCGCAAACAUUACGGACGAGUUCUUUGAUUACCUUGAGGGCGAGGACAGGCAUGCCGAGCCCAGCGACCCCAGGCGGCCCCGAGCGCUGGCACCCGUCCCCAUCCUCUCAGGCGAGGGCUUCGGCGACCCAGCCGGCGGGGAUGACGGUGGCAUGGACCCGCUGCUGGUGCUGCACCAGAUCCUAUUUGAGCUGCGGGCCAAGGUGGGGCAGAUGCUGGUGCUGGUGGUGCAGGAGUUCUGUGACAAGACCACCCUGUCCUCCGCCAUCCAGCACGGUGUGUUUGCGCCGGUGGCGGGCCACUGGACGGAGCGGGUGGCGGCUCGGGCGCUGCUGCGGACCGCGGCGGAGGUGGCGCGGGGACUGCUGCACCUGCACGACGCGGGGGUGGUGCAUGGGGACAUCAAGCCCGCCAACCUGCUUCUCAGCAGCGCCCGAAAGGACCGACGGGGCUUCACCGCCAAGGUUGCUGACUUUGGUUUGUCGCAUGUGCUGCCGCAAGCCGCCACCAGCGUCCUCACCAACACGUGGGGCUCUGUGGCGUACAUGGCACCGGAGGCGUUUUCCGGCAAGGUCAGUCGCGCCUCGGACGUCUGGUCCUUUGGCGUGUGCCUGUGGGAGAUGAUGACGGGCAAGCGACCCUACGCGGGCAUGCGGCAAGCCCCGGUCGUCAUGGGGGUUACCGACGGCUCCCUGCAGCUGCCCUGGCCGCAACCCACCGACCUCACCGCGGGCCUCAUCUCCCUGGGCCGCCGCUGCCUCAGCCACGACCCCGCUGCCCGGCCUGACAUGGCUGCGAUCGUGGAGGGUCUGGUGCAGAUUGAGCGGGACAUACGAGCUGAGGCCCUGCAGCAACAGCAAGAACAGCAGCUGCAGCCGCAGGACGCGGAGCAGCAGCAGGAACAGCAGCAGCAGCAGCAGUUGCGGCAGGGGCUGGAGCAGGUCAAAGGGAUGCAGCAGCAGCAGCAGCCACAGCAGCAGCCACAGCAGCAGCCACAGCAGCAGCCGGUUUGUGGCGGGAGAAGGGCGAUGACCGGGAUGAUGACGGGAGCGGCGACGGGGAGGGUACCGGUAACCACUGGGCUGGCGGUGGGGGAAGCGGAACGUUGCAGCGCCGGGGUUGCAGUCACCAGACUCCUCACCGCCGUCGUCAGGGAUGUGGAGGAUGACGUGAAGGGGCCCGGCACCCCGACUAGCACGAUCCCUUUGAAGAGCGCUGUCCUCAGCACGAGGGGGAGUAGCGGGUUGUUGAGCAGCGGUCAGACGGAGGAGAUGGUGGGGACGUGGGAGAUGGCGACUCGGGCGUCGAGUAAGGGGGUGGGGGCGCAGGGGUGGGAGUCUGUGUUGAUUUCCAUGGACUUGGUGUGAGAUGGGAAGUGCGAAGUGGUUUUUGCCGCGGUUCAAGCUGCUUGCACUGUCCUGAACUGAUCUCGGCACUGAAAAGAAGACACUGAAAAGUAAAUGAGUGAGCCAUGUUGAUAUCACAAAUCAACCCAAUCCGUGAAGCUUGGCGCUGCACGUUCGACUGCUGGCCUUGCUGGUAUAUGGCUAGCGAGGGCUGCUUACUCGGCUUGCAGGGUUUGGAGCGAGGAUUAGGGGAGUAGUGAGCGUGCCUAUCAUGUGACUCUUAUCUGUGCUGUGGUUGAACGGCACAUGCAUAGAAAACUUGGGGAUGGUCGGUCCCAUUAACCUCUCGUGAUUUGUCGUGUGCUUUUGAAUAAAAUUACUCGUCGUUUGCUAAUGAAUAAAGGAAUAAACUUCAAUGCAGCCAUGUGAUCCGGAAGCCAGUCAAUGUUUGGCAAAAGUAUAUUGUACGGAUUGUACUGCGUUGGUAGGGUAUUGGGCGGUGUUGCUUUUUGUGUGUUGCACUACGCCUGUGCGGGAAGUUGGAUCGCUUUUGUACAUAGCUUGGGGCAUCUUGGCUUAGUAAAUAGGUACGUGCUUAUACCUCAUUCCCACCCACCAGUUACGGGAUGUGGGCAUUGGAGGAGAUAGAACUGAGUUUGUUUCGUCUGUGUUGCAAGAUGCUGAAGAGAAUAGGUCGAGUUAUUACAUAGCUCAUCAUUGUUAUGGGCAUUACUCCUGCACUGGUGGGUUUGAGCUUCUUGCAGUUUUGAAUGACCGUUACAAUGGUGCCCUAAAAGGGAACACGGGUGAUGAACCCAACCCUACAUUGCAAAAGAAACGGAACAAACCGUAGUGCACCCUGUAUGCCUGCAGGUGAAGACGUAUACAAUUGAACCGCAAUUGUAAGGAUUGCAAAUAC